CACUGUUGUUUUACACUCAAAACCAUUUGGUGAUGUUUCACAUGAGCAUGAAUUCACAUCUCCUGGAGCAGCAAUGAUAUCAUCAGAAGUGCAGUUUAGUAGAGGAAUACAUCGUGAUGCACCUGGCAUAGCAUAUGUGUUUUCUGGACAAGUCUUACACCUGCUCUGGCCUGAAAUAAGUGAUAAGAAAAGGUGAAGCAUACCAGUUGCUAUGGGGUAUGAUACAGCACGAUUUACAUGUUCAGUUGACGAGGAACUGCUUUGUGCAAUUUGUAAAUCAGUACUGGAAGAUCCUCUUCAAGCCCCAGCAUGUGAACAUGCUUUCUGUGCUGGUUGUAUACAUGAAUGGCUGAGACAUCAACAAAGUUGUCCAGUUGAUCGACACAGCCUCACACCACAUGAACUGAAGCAAGUGCCAAGAAUCUUGAAGAACCUUCUAUCAAAGUUAACAGUAAAAUGUGAAAAUGAAAGGCAUGGCUGUGAUGGGGUGGUCAGACUGGAUCAAUUACACUCUCAUUUAUCACAGUGUGAACAUAACCCAAAGAGGCCUGUUCAGUGCAAUCAGGGAUGUGGAUUAGUGGUUCCAUUUGACGAGCUUUCUCAGCAUAAUUGUGUCCGUGAAUUAAAUAACUUGAUCCAAAACCAGAAUUUCAAGCAAGAACAGCUGCAAGCUCAAAUCGAUGAACAACGCCAGCAGCUAAAUGAACAGAAACGUGAGAUUCAAGCUCUCAAGGAAAUGAUCCGAACCAUGAGAGUGAUCAAUUUGCCACAGGCAUUGCCACUAUUGCCAAGCAACCUGUCACAACCAGAUCACUAUGUCAAUGAAAUUCAUCAGUGGUUAAGGGGGUUACAAUCAGCCAGAGUAACAAGAUGGGGUGGUAUGAUAUCUACGCCCGACGCUGUUCUACAGGCAGUCAUUCGGCGAGCACUUGCAGACAGUGGAUGCCCACCUACCAUUUUGAAUGAACUAAUGGAGAAUGCUCACGAGAGGAGGUGGCCCCCAGGGUUGAGCACACUUGAAACACGGCAGUUGAAUCGCCGUCGAUAUGAACAGUAUGUUUGUCGGAGAAUACCUGGAAAACAAGCAGUUGUGAUCAUGGCCUGUGAAAAUGAACAUAUGGGUGAAUCAAUGACUUUAGAUCCUGGUCUUGUAAUGAUCUUUGCACAUGGCAUUGAGUAAAGUUUAACAUAUUUUACAUUCACUGGUAUGUGGCUACAAAGAGGGAAAUCAAAUCUUAAAAAGGCAACUUCUUGCCACAAUGAAAUCAAAGCUCCAUAGCUUUAUUUAUGAACUGCAAGUCUCCAAGAUGUAGAUAGUAUAAUUAUUAAUCAGAAGACAGGUAUGCAAUGUUCAUUCUUUUGAGAAGAGGAGUUGAUGAAUAAAGAGUUAAGUGAGCAGUAAGCUAUGGUUGGGCGCAGACACAGUUUAUAGAUCAAGUAAAUUUUGAUCUAAAAGCAGCAAGGAAUGAGGUCAUCAAACAUUUCAGGAGAAAAGUGAACCUGUCCUAUCAUAAAAUAUUGACUUAAAUCAGAUAUUUAGUGUAACACAAACCAGUUUUGAGAGACUACAGACAAACCAUCACGUCCACAUUUCACUCAUUUUCAAAAGCUGGGGCUUCGAUAAAAGCCAGUUGCCAGCAUUCUAUUGCUGCUCAUAAAACCUCUGAUCACCAUCCACUCAGCCUGCAAGCCAGCCCCUGUGAUUUGGUUUCACCUUUCAACCCCUUUUUCUAGGAACAGCUGCCUAUUACAUCAUCAGUGGCUGUUUAUGGUAAAAGUUAUUGAAACCCCCUACAAAAGUUCUCUAGAGUUGCUGAAUUUUUGUAAAUUAUUUGACUCAUCUUCCAGGAGACAUCAUUUUCUCAAUUUUUUUGCUGGUUAUGUUUUCCUUGUUUAGGUAACCUAUUAAGUAGAAAAUGUACUCACUUGGCAAAAAUUGAUUAUUUCGGUACCUGAUCAUCAAACAAUUUUUUUGUUUUUGUUUUUGAUGCAAAGAAAAAAACUACUAAAGUUACUGAAAGUUUCUUUUCUUAUAGGUUACAAAUUGUAAUCAGUAUAAAGUAAAGAAGAAUUAGUGUUUGGUUUAUUUACAAACAUGAAAGUCACAAGCAGACAUUCAGUAACUUUGGAGCACUUUUGGAAAUGAAUGAAAAGUGAUUUGGCUGGUGAAGUAUUAUUUAAUUCCUGCUUUUACAACAGAACUUCUACCUCACCAGUAUGUCCAGUCAGACAAAAACUAAGUCAAACAGGGUUUAAACCCUUUAACCCCCUUGAUCUCAGUAGUAAUUCUCCUUACUAUCUGCCAUACAAUUCUUAUGAUGUUAGUUUGGAGGGUUUGUUAUUAGAUCAACCAAUAAUCCCAUGAUUGAUAUUCUUCUCUAUUCUCAUCACUUGACUGCUAGUUGUUGUAUUGAUAUUGUAAAGAGAAAUUAUGUCUAAGUCACUUCAGGGGAAUAUUUUAGUAUAUAUGCAGUGCUUGCAAUGGAAGUUAAGAAUUUGCUGCAAUGAAGGUCACAAACCUUUCAAUGUAAUAACAUUUUAAGUUAAAGUAUAACAAAUAUGUGAGGUGGUGAAUAAGGCCAAGGUACAGAGUGUAUUUGGGGAAAAGGCAGCAUUGUCUCUGCUUGUCACUCUAAUAUGUUCAAGUACGCAACAUGGAUCUGGUCUAUUUAUUAGGUGAAUAGUAAAAUUUAAUAUUUGUACAUAUGAGGAAAUAGUUUUAAUAAUGUGUUGCUUUCCUCAUCUUAUAUUGCAAUAAAGUA